AUUUUUUAUUGUUUUUUUACUUCCUCUUCUUGGGUCGGAAACUCCUUUUUCUCGGGCGAGACGAGAGCACAACCCGCUUCGUCGUGAACAUUUCAGGCCGAUAUUCACUAGGAGGACUAUUCCUGAUUUUGACAGUUCCCCACGCAGCCGCUGUGCGCACAAAACAAUGGUACUCCCUGCAGACGUCGACGCGUGGACAGAAGCGCACGUCGAAGCGUGGCUCAAAGAGCUGUCAGGCAGCACAUUCGCUGCAUACGCGCCUGCCUUUGUGCAAAACAACAUUUCGGGCAAGCGAUUGGUCAAGCUGACCGAUGACAAGCUCGAGAAGCUCGGCGUGUCGUCGUUGGGCCAUCGCGAAGACCUGCUCGAGUUUAUCGGCGAGCUUGCCCAAAAGUCCUCGUCCAAACCCGCCACACCGACCGCGUCUGCCACAUCAUUCCCUCCAGCCGCGCUGGCAUCGGCGCCUGUGGGGCGAGGACCAGCUGCGCGCGCCCCGCCUGCAGCCCUCGCAUCUGUGCCGGCACCUGCUCGACCCGCAACGCUGGACACCCUCAAUGCCGACAUUGUCGCGCUUGUGCGUGAGGUGCAGCAGAAAAACUAUGAAGGCGUCAUCCAAGCCGCCGCCACUGUUGUGAAGACUGUCAAAGAGCUCGUGCCAAACAUGCCCCAGUCGCUCGUUGCGCAGCUGAGCGACUUUAUCGGUCGAGCCAAAGCCGUGUCGUCCGGCCAAGACGGUUCGAUUGUCGUCCAGCAGCUCGUCGCCUCCGCCAAAGGUCUCAUCCAGACCACAUCCGACAUACUUUCCACUGGCAGUCCUGUUUCUCCUGUCGGAUCCAUUUCCAGUUCGCCGUUGCCGACAGCCACGCCGCCUGCGGUCGCUCCGGCCAUGUCGGCAGCAAAGAUCACAAAGACAGUCACGUUGGACGCAGUCGUGCUGACGGCGUUGAAGCUUGUCAACAAGCUCGUGCAGAACGCCAAAGCCAACACGACCCCGAAGGAUGCCCUCGUGGACUUGGCCACCUCCAUCGUGACCACUGUGAAAAAGCUGAUGGAGGAGUGCGAUUCGAACGGCCAGCGCGUUGCACUCAUUCUCGGACUACAAGGCCGUCUCACCUCCUGUUUGACAACUCUAUUGCAAGGCGUCAAGGGGAUUAGCGGCACAAACUCGAGCGGGGGCAUUGACGAUUUGGGCGCGCAACUGCUCGUGAAUGCAGGCAUUGCGCUCUCGCGGACGGUGAAGGAGCUCAUGGCGGCCCACGCAGCGCGACUGGAGCCCGCCGACUACCCUUGCGGCAAGUGUGGCCGUCGCAUUGAGGACGACGUCAUGCUGUGCAAUGGUCCUGGCGCCUGCGAUCGUUGGUUCCACCGCACCUGCGUGGGGCUGACGCCCGGCGCGUUCGAGUGCUUUGAGUGGCUUUGCGAUUUCCCGCCGUGCGGCGCAAAGCGCGAAAAGCGAGAACGCGAGGAACGCGCAAAGGAAGAUGAGCGCAACCGCAUCAUGGCGGAACGCAAGCGGGAGGAAGAGGAGCGCGCUGAAAAACGCGAGCGCGAGCGCAGAGAAGAGGAGGAUCGUCGCCUGGCCAAGAAACAGGCCGACGAAGAUGAGCGACAAAGACGCGAAGACGAGCGACGCCACAAGGAGGAAGAUCGCCGUCGGCGAGCUGAAGCAGACCGCAUCCGCCAGGCCAAUGAAUUUGAGCUUGAAUCGCGACAACUGGAGGCCUCGGUGGCGAUCGCACGUGGCGCCGAUCCCGUGGCCACGCUUCGGCUGGGCCCCGCGAGUCGCGCCGCGGUAGGUACAAUGCAUGGCGCGCCGCCCUCGCCAUUGGUGUCGUCGCCAGCAUCCCUCGCGUCACUCUCGCCUCGAGCGGGCUCGCCAGCACCGUCCACGCCCACGCUUGUCGCCGUCCCUGAUAUGGACGCCAAGACUUUGAUCGCGCAAGCCAGCGCUCUCGCUGACGCCCCUCCAGCGGCCGGCAACGAGAAUCGCCCGCUGCUGUGCGUUGCACGAGCCAUCUUUGACUACGAUGUCGUCGGUGGCAGCGACAACGACUUGCUUUUUGCCAAGAACUCGCUCUUGCGCAUCUACGCGAAGGGCGCCGACGCCUGGUGGGAAGGUGAGCUUGGCGGAAAGACUGGGUCCUUCCCGGCGUCCUUUGUCGAGGAGGUGAAGCUGCCCACCGCCGCCUCCAAGGUGUCGUCCACCGCUUUGCCACCGGCGUCACCUGGUCCCAGCACGCCCCGAUCUCCAUCCAUGCCGUCCUUUUCCUCCUCCUCGCCCAACACACCCCCGCCUGGUUCUCCCUCGAGCUCCAGUCGUGUCGCGUCGCCAACGACCAUUCGGAAGCAGCCGGCUGGCUUGCAGUCGAGCGCCAUUGCGGAUCCCUUCGGAGAUGUGCCCAGCGCUCCUUCCAGCAGCGAGCCAACGGGCGACGAGACCGACCCGGCGUUGCAACUCAAGUUCUCCACCAUGUCUGCAAGCGCCGCCAAGAAGCUCAAGAAGGGCAAGCCGGGCGAGGAGAACCUUGUUCGCGUCAAGCUGACCAAGAAUAUGAUUAGCAUGCCCAAAUCCGAGUCAUUCGAGCAUGUUGCGCAUGUCGGCUGGAACCCCAAUGAGCAAAAGUUUGAGGCCGAGAAUGUGCCCGACCAAUGGAAGGAAGCAAUCAAGGAUCCUGCAACCGCCAUCAAGCCAAAGAAAAAUCAACCAACCAAAGCACCGCCUGCGCCGCCGAGCGCCCGAUCGACGCCUGCAAUGGCCCCCGUCGCACCCCUUUCGCGACCCAGCGGAAGCUCGCCCACACUUUCGUCGCCCCUCGCGCAAUCAUCUGCACCGGCGAUGGAACGUCCGCGCACGCCCACCACCCCCAUUUCUCCCGUGGCCGACUCGGUCGAAGCGGCUGAAGCGGUGGCUGUUCUCCCCGCUCGCAACGGAACUCCAAAGCCAGCAGCUCAGGAAGAACCUUCGCCAUACGCAACUGUCCAGGACAGCGCUGCCGCAGCACCUGCAGACUCAAUUUACGACGAUGUUCAAAGCGUUCAGGCGGCAGUUGCGAUGCCCGUGCUGGCCGCCGCCACUCCGGUCCUUCCUGCGCUGAAAACUACCACUCCAGCACCACCAGCCUCAGCGCCUCUGCCCAGCACGGGAUCGUCUGCUACGCUCAAGCUGGAUGCUGCCUCUUCGGCGGGCAAAAUGUACAAGGCCAAGUAUGCCUACACGGCGAAUCGCGGCGAUGAGCUGGCACUCAAGGCUGGCGAUCGCGUCAAAGUGCUCCAGAUCGGAAACGACGGGUGGGGUGUCGCACUCAAUCAGAGGACUAGCCAACGAGGUGUUGUUCCCAUGAAUUACUUGAAAGAGGACUUUUAAAGCCACAUUCUAUGGUUGUGCGCCUCGGUUUCUGUUUGGUGGCUUUUUGUGUGUGCGUGUGUGUGCGUGACUGUUUAGCGUAUGUGCACAUCCACGGUUGCUGUCUCAUUACAAAUAUUACUCUUUUGCUUUUUUUGUUUUCUUUUUUUUUAUACAUCCA